AUGGUAGGCAAGGCUCAUGUUGUAAAAUGCAUCAUCCAUGAUCUUCACCCUCCACUUCAUAAGUAUCAUAAGCAAGGAGAUCUUAUCAUUGGUGGCAUACCUACUCAUUCUGGCAUUGUCCCCGUGUCAAUAAAUUUCAGAAAACAACCUCCUGUGCCAUUGUCUGAAGAACUGCUUAUAAUUCCUAAAAAUUACCAGCACAUCCUGGCCUUGGUAUUUGCAGUAAAGAAGAUCAAUGAAAACCCACAGAUUUUACCCAAUUUCACCUUGGGCUUCCGUAUCUAUGACAGCUAUGACAAUGCUCGAAGGACUUAUCAGGCCACCAUGCUCCUUCUAUCAGCAAUUGAGAGACUGGUCCCCAACUAUACAUGUGAUGACCAAUAUAAUUUGAUAGCAGUCAUUGGGGGUCUUGACUCCACUAUUUCCCGUCAUAUAGCAACUAUUUUGGAUAUCUAUAAAAUUCCACAGCUCACCUAUGGCUCUGCUCCAGUUAUGAAUGAUAAAACUCCAGGCCUUUUCUUCUACCAGACCACUCCUCAGGAAUCUCUCCAAUACACAGGAAUUCUCUCUUUGCUUCUGCAUUUCAAGUGGUAUUGGAUUGGAGUCAUUGCUAUUGAUAAUGAUAAUGGAGAAAGAUUUUUGCAAACCAUCUCCCUGAUUUUUUCCAAGAGUGGUGUCUGCUUAGCCUUCGUAGAAAGGGUAUUUGUUUAUUUCACUGACAUCAGUGACACUUUGCAACAGGGGACAAAAAUAUAUUAUAAACUGAUGGGCAGCAAAGCCAAUGUAGUACUAAUCCAUGGAGAAUCAUAUUCUAUGGCACUUUAUGGUUGGCUUCCCUAUUUUUAUGAGUUACACACAGAAAAGGUAAAAGGUAAAGUAUGGAUAGCAACAGCUCAGCUAGAGUUUCUUUCACUUGCUUUACAAAGAAAUUGGGAAGCAGAAAUGUUCCAUGGGGCCAUGUCAUUCAAAACUCACUCCAAUGACAUACCAGGAUUCAAGACAUUUCUUGAAAGCGUAAGUGCUUACAACUCAAAAGAUGGCUUCAUUGGUGCCUUUUGGCAACAAGCUUUCACUUGUGUGUUCCCAAACUCCAUGGAAGAUGAUGUUGAGAGUAUUUGCACUGGGAAAGAGAAGUUGGAGAGCCUCCCUGGGGCAUUUUUUGAAAUGACCAUGACUACCCCCAGCUAUAGCAUCUACAAUGCCGUCUAUGCUGUGGCCCAUGCUAUCCAUGACAUGACUUUCUCUAACAUCAAACUCAGAGCAAUGAGGGAUGCUCAAAGACAGAAGGUGCGAAAUCAAGUAUUCUGGCAGGUCCAUCACUUUCUGAGAUACGUCUCAUUUAAUAACACUGCUCAAGACAAGAUCACCUUCAACCAAAAAGGAGAGCUAGUGACUGGAUUUGAUGUGUUCAACUGGAUUAUUUUUUCCAACCUCUCUUUACAGAGAGUGAAAGUUGGGAGUGUAGAACCCCAGGCUCCCCCAGAUCAAAUGUUCACCAUUAAUGAUGAUGCAAUUACCUGGCACAGUUGGUUUAACCAGACUCGGCCUUUAUCGCUAUGUAGUGAGCACUGCCAUCUUGGCUCUAGCAAAAAAGUGAGGGAGGGGAGGCCAUUUUGCUGCUAUGACUGUGUCCCCUGUCCCGAAGGGAAGAUUUCAGACAAGGAAGAUAUGAAUGAGUGUAUGAAAUGUUCAGAAAAAGACUACGCAAACAAGAAUCGAGAUUUCUGUUACCCUAAGAUUGUAACUUUUUUGUCUUACAAAGAACCUUUGGGAACAACUUUAAUCUCCCUGGUUUUUUUCUUUUUUUUGAUGACAGCUCUGGUGCUUGGCAUAUUUAUUACACAUCACCACACUCCUAUUGUCAGAGCCAACAACCAAUUUCUUACCUACACUCUCCUCAUCUCCCUCCUCCUCUGCUUCCUUUGUGCAUUGCUAUUCAUUGGCAGACCUCAUAGGGAAACAUGUCUCAUCCAACAAAUAGCUUUUGCUAUCAUUUUUUCAGUGGCUGUUUCUUGUGUGCUGGCCAAAACCAUCACAGUGGUUCUGGCUUUCAUGGCCACCAAACCAGGAUCCAGGAUGAGGAAAUGGGUCGGGAAAAGACUGGCCAGCUCCAUUGUUCUUUCCUGCUUCCUUAUUCAAACAGGCAUCUGCGUUGUGUGGUUGACAAUUUCUCCCCCAUUUCCAGACAUGGAUAUGCAGUCGAUGGCUGAAGAAAUUGUACUGCAGUGCAAUGAAGGAUCUAUGAUUAUGUUUUACUGCACGUUGGGCUAUCUAGGCUUCCUAGCCAUCAUCAGCUUUGCUGUGGCUUUCCUUGCCAGGAAAUUACCGGAUACUUUUAAUGAAGCCAAGUUCAUCACUUUCAGCAUGUUGGUCUUUUGUAGUGUUUGGUUGUCCUUCAUUCCAAGCUACUUGAGCUCCAAGGGAAAAUCUAUGAUUGCUGUAGAGAUCUUUUCCAUCUUAGCCUCCAGUGCUGGACUACUAGGUUGUAUUUUUCUUCCAAAAUGUUAUAUCAUUGUGUUAAGGCCUAAAUUGAACAAGGUGCAAAUAAUGAGGAAAAAUUGCUGA